AUGCAAGUUCAAAUCUCCGACACGACCGUCUUCGUUCCCUCCAAACCACCAUUUUCCGACGACCACGUCCUCCCACUCACCCACCUCGACAACGACCCCAACCUCCGCGUCACCUUCCGUUACGUCCGCGCUUACGUCACCACCCACUCCUCCUCCUCCGACCCCUUCCACGUCAUCUCCGCCGCGCUCUCCGCCGCCCUCGUCCACUACUACCCUCUCGCCGCCUCCCUCCGCCGCCGCCGCGACAACCGCCUCGAGCUCUUCUGCUCCGCAGGCCAGGGCGUCCCCCUCAUCCGCGCCUCCGUCGAGUCCACCCUCCACUCGGUGAGUCAACUCAAUGACGCGGAGACCCAGCUUCUCGAGCAGUUGGUACCCGACCCGGACCCGGAUCAGGCCAUGGUGAACCCGUGCGUGCUGCAAGUGACGGUGUUCAAAUGCGGCGGGUACACCCUCGGAGCCGCCGUAAAUCAUUCUCUGUGCGACGGAAUGGGCGCUACUCAGUUCUUCAACGCCAUGGCGGAGUUGGCCCGCGGGUCGGGUCAGAUUUCGGUUCAGCCAAUCUUGGACAGGUCCGGCCUGCUCCGACCCAGAGACCCGCCCCGGGUCGGGGCUCCGGUGCUGCAUGAGUUCCUGAGUUUAGAUCCGAAAUUCUCACCCUAUGAACACGGAAAGCAAUUGGGUCCGGUUUUGAGGGAAUGCUUUGAAGUUAAGGACGAGUCUGUUGAGAAAUUCAAAACCAAGUUGUUAAAGCAAUCCGGGUUGAGCUUCACCACUUUCGAAGCUCUAGGUGCUUAUAUAUGGCGAGCCAAGGUGAAAUCGUCGGAGAUUUCAAUGGACGAAACGGUGACGUUUGCGUAUGCACUGAAUGUUCGGAAGCUAGUAAACCCUGCAUUGCCAGUAGGGUAUUGGGGGAACGGUUGCAUUGCCAUGUACGUGAAGCUGAGUGCCAAGGAGUUGAUGGAAAAGCCAAUGUGGGAAGUUGCGGAUCGGAUCAAGAAGAGCAAGAGCAAGGCGACGGAUGAGUAUGUGAGGUCGUUUAUUGACUUUCAGGAGCUGCAUUACGACGAGGGGAUCAAUGCCGGAAAAGAAGUGAGUGGCUUCACGGAUUGGAGGCACUUGCAGCACUCGACGGUUGAUUUUGGGUGGGGAGGUCCUGUGACUGUUCUGCCGCUUUCGAGAAACUUGCUUGGGAGUGUUGAGCCUUGCUUUUUCUUGCCUUUUUCUGGAAGCAAUGGAAAGAAAGAUGGGUUCAAAAUCAUGGUGAAUUUGAGGGAGAGUGCUAUGCCUGGUUUUAGGAAGGAGAUGGACAUGUUUAGCAGCCAAGAAUUUGGAUUGUCCUUCUUGUGA